UUGCACGCAUGCACGCAUGCACGCACCCCUCGUUUCACUUUGAACGAAGGUGAACACCUGUUCACUUGGUCGUCGUGGAGUUGGAGUGGUCGGACCCCCCACUUCCGGUCGAAUCGGAGGAGAACCUUCCCGAGAGUUGUGUUGUGCUCGCUUUGUUCAUUAUUACAACUCGUCUUUCGUAGUAACGAAUCCAAAGUGAACAAAACUUGCUCAUCUUCAUUUAAUUUAUUAUUGAUUUAUUUUUUUUAAUGAUUACGCGUCGAAUUGUGAUGUGAUUUGAAAAUAUAGUGUGUGUGUGUGUGUAUUUGUGUGAUUGUAUGUGAGAUAUUUUUUUGAGGGUAGACAGGUGUAUCGUAAAGAACAGGUGGAUUAUUAGAUAGUGUUUCUCUUUUGUUAUUUUAGUUGAGUUUUAAGAUUGAUGGGUAAUACGAUUCUGAUGACAAACGGCGUUCGUGGAAGUUGCCGCCGGUUCUGCACUUCGAUGAUGCCAAGAGUCCUACAUAACCACGUAAUAAAGGAGUUUCUCUGCAUGCUUUCUAACCACGCGUUAUGAACAACAACCUUACCCCCCUCGAGUUCGAAAUAUCACUUAUUCAAAGAUCAUUUGUUCAAAUAUUUUCUGAUCAUUGAUGUUAAAGAAAUUUUAUCUCGUUACAGAUGCAUCAGGAAAAACUCGAAUUGGUGGAUUAUGACAUUGAGUCGCUAUGGGGACCAGUUUACAAAAGAUCUUAAUUCUUAUUUUUUCCUGUAUGCUUCAAUUAGUUACAGGACAAUUGAUCCGAGACACGAGAUGUUUCUUGGAAAACGGUGCUACGGCAGCUCAUCUUUUUGUCAACGAGGAUCACGCAGUUGGAGAUAUCGUCGGCGUACUUGGUGUCUUAGGAGAUCCAGGACCACACGGGGACAUUAAAUUGAGACUCCAAGAACUCGAUAGUCCUGUAGAAUUUUCACCUUACUCGAAAAACUUAACUUUAACAAGACCAUUAGAUAAGGAAGGUGUUGACGGACCUGCAAGUGUUUACGUUAACGUCAUAUGUGAAAGAAAACGUACAUUAGAUCCUGGUUUCGUGAUACCAGUUAAUAUUCGCGUGACUGAUGCCAAUGAUAACGCUCCUCAAUUCGUAAAUGCACCUUACGUAUUAAAUAUUUCAGAGGUCACGGUCGUUGGCACAAGAGUAUUGCAGGGUGUUCGAGCAGUGGAUGCAGAUCAGCCAGGGCCUUAUUCUACUGUGCAAUAUGCCGUUUUACCGGGGCCUCAUUCUGAAUACUUUGUUUUUGUGAAUGCAUUAGAGGGUACAUUAGUAUUAAGAAAACCAUUGGAUUACGAAGUUCUUACAAAUUUUUCUAUCGAUAUUCGAGCACAAGAUCAGGGUAAUCCACCACGAUCCUCGACAACGACGUUAUACGUAAACGUAAUUGAUGCCGAUGAUCAAAAUCCUGCGUUUCUCAAUGAUCAGUACAAAGUCAAAGUUCCUUCUCAAAUGAAAACGAGAACAGUUUUGAAAGUGGAACCAGCAUCGAUAAAAGCUGUCGAUCAAGAUAGUGGUAUCAAUGCACCCGUUAGAUAUACUAUUCAAGGAGGAAUUUUACCUUUCCUAAUAUUAAAUCCUGAUACAGCUGAAAUAUCUAUUAUAAGAUCGUUGCAAGAUAACGAAUUGCUAUCUCCAGCUACUAUUGUCGUUAAAGCCACACAGAUAGACAAUCCUGAUAGAUAUGCAUUGGCAACUAUCGUUGUAUCUCGAGAGGAUGUUUAUGGGACAGGUCCUACAGCAGGUGGCCGAAUACCAACAAAAUUUACCCUGAAAGAUUACCAAGUAAAAAUUCCUGAAAACACGCCAUCAGGUAGUGUUAUUUUAACCAUGAAUGUCAAUAAAGCUGAUUCCACAUUAAAAUUUUGGCUCGUAGGAGCAGCCGAAGAUUUGGAAAGGUUUUCUGUAACACCUUCUGGCGAAUUAAUAUUAAAGGGUACACUUGAUUAUGAGAAAAGAACUCAACAUAGUUUUUUGGUCCAAGUUACUGACGGUUACUUUAACGAUACGUCUAGGGUGAACGUAUCAAUCGAAGAUGUUAACGAAUGGGAACCAAGAUUUCGACAUCCAAGAUAUGAAUUUCAUGCACGUUCUUUAAAAGAAGGUUCUAUCGUCGGAAGAUUGGAAGCAGCAGAUGGUGACAGAGAUGAUACAGUUCGAUUAUCAUUAAGGGGUCCGGAUGCAAGAUCAUUCGAAAUACACGACAAUGGUGAAUUGAUUUUAAGAUCAGCAAACACCAUAAAUGGUUCUAUGGCACGUUUGGUAGCUGUUGUAUCAGAUUCGGGACGUCCUGCAAGAUCGAGUAUGGUACCAGUAAUAGUUCACAUACCGAAUGGUGCGUCAUUACCUGUUGCGGCAAGAGCUGCACCUGCUUGGUUAGGUAGCAGUGUACUUUUGGUAGCAGUUUUUGGUGCUGUUUUAGGACUACUUGGUGUCGUCAUACUUAUUCUUAUUCUUUACAUAUACAAACACAAGGGUAGUAAAAGUGGUGGAUCAGUAAGUUCAGUUGGAACCGGUUAUCGUGAAAAAUCGCCAGUACCGUCAGCCUUGAGUCCAACCCCACAAGUAUUAGGUGCCAGUAUUCUUCAAGAUACUAUGGAAAAUAGUUACAGGAAACGUUCUACUACAAACGAAAGUGGAAGUAACGCUAAUGAAACCGUCACCGAUCUAGAUGCACCUUCUACUGGUUUCGGAGAAUUGAACGAGCGUGCCUACGCUGCAACGAUUAAAAGUGUCGCGUCGGCUAGACAACUACCUCUCUAUGCUAGGCAUAAAAUUGCACCAGCACCUGCAAAUCCACCUGCCUUAUCAGCAACAUCAAACAUUCCGAAUAUCGGUGGUCUCGUUCAAAACAUGAACGACUUGAGUGCAAGGAACAAUUUAGAUGCAACUUCCCAUGAUUCGUCAACUUGUUCCGGUGAUCCACCGGAUUCUUUGAUGACUGUUUGGCCAGUUGGUUCUAUGUCACCUAGGGUAAAAAAACUUUCUUGGGACGACGACGAUAGGACUGUUGAAAGUAUCGACGUAAGAGCAGAAACCAGGCCAGGAAGUACUAAAACUGAAACUGAACGUCUAAAUCUUACCGUUUAUUUUUGAAAUGUUUAAUUUUUUAAUUAACGAUAUAUUACUUUUCAUUUUUUUUCUGUACAUUUUCUUUAUCGAACGAACCAACAAAAUAAUUUCAUUGUUAAACCUUUGCACUCGAGUGGCGCUGAUACGGCGACCGGCAGAUGUAAGUGGCAACUCGAAAGGCGCUGAUACGGCGCCCGGUGACUGAUUUGAAGUCUUUUGUUACUCAAUCUGCUUAUUUACGAUGAGUGAUAAGAUAUUUCUUAUAAAAUAUACUUAAAGAUAAUACUUAAAGGGUUGAAAAGGGUUUGUAAGGUUUGCUCUGAUCGUAAUACACCUGAAGGUACGCCGGAAGUAACAUAUUAUUGUGAUACGUGUCCAGAUAAACACCUAGGAUGUAUCUUGGCUAUUGUUUUAUAAAAAAUCAUAUACAAAAACUAAUUACAGAGUAUAAUAUUUCUCAAAUUUUC